CUCAGAGUCGGCUGGUUAGUUCUUUGAAAUUCUUUGCUGUUGUGAGUGUGUCGCAGAGAGAGUUUGACAAUGCCAGAGCCAGCAAAGUCAGCGCCUGCAGCCAAGAAGGGGUCGAAGAAAGCAGUGACCAAGACCCAGAAGAAGGGCGACAAGAAGCGCAGAAAGAGCCGCAAGGAGAGCUACUCCAUCUAUGUCUACAAGGUGCUGAAGCAGGUCCAUCCGGACACUGGGAUCUCCUCCAAGGCCAUGAGCAUCAUGAACUCCUUCGUGAAUGACAUCUUUGAGCGCAUCGCCGGUGAGGCCUCCCGCCUGGCGCACUACAACAAGCGCUCCACCAUCACUUCUCGCGAGAUCCAGACCGCCGUCCGCCUCCUGCUUCCCGGGGAGCUGGCCAAGCACGCCGUCUCGGAGGGCACCAAGGCCGUCACCAAGUACACCAGCUCCAAGUAGGAUCUCAAUGGAGUCCCUAAACAGACCCAAAGGCUCUUUUAAGAGCCACCCACUUUCUCAACAAAAGAGUUGCCAUUGCUUUUC